AUGUCUAGAGAAUACAGUGAUCUAGUUGGGGAUGGUGGUCCACAAUAUAAUGAUCAAAUACAAGACGAAAUAAGUAUAUUUGAUCCUCUGUCAGAAACAAGCAAUGAAAGUAGUAACGAUAAUGAUAACAUUCCAUUGAGUAUGGACGUGGUGACGCCAUCAUCUGGAUCAGAUCUAAAGGCAGCAUUUUUCAAUAUGACCAACUCGAUAGUAGGGGCUGGUAUAGUGGGGAUACCCAUGGCUUUUCUGAAUUCAGGAUUAUUUUUAGGUGUGUUGUUAAUGACCGUUUUGACAAUAGUAAAUGAUUGGACACUCCGUUUAAUCAUUAUUAAUACCAAGUUGUCUGGGACGAAAACCUAUACAGGUUUUGUCACAUAUACGUAUGGCAAGCUAGGUAAGGUAGUUGUUUUGUUGUCACAAGGUCUAUUUGCGUUUGGUGGCAGUAUCGGGUUCAUAAUUAUUAUUGGAGACUCUAUUCCUCAUGUUAUAAGGCCCCUUUUUGCCAAUGAGAUCAACAACUCUGCAAUAUUAUCGUACAUACUUAGUAGAAAUUCUAUUAUGGCUUUCUGCGUUUGUGCUGUUUGCUUUCCAUUGUCUAUAAUUAAGGAUAUUUCACUACUUGCAAAAGCAAGCGGACUUGCACUAGUCAGUAUGUCCAUCAUCAUUUCAAUAGUGGUGUUCAAAGCGCCCUUUGUAUCGUCUGACUUUAAAGGAACAAUACCAACAUUGAGCUAUUUUGUUAAUGUUGGAUUUUUUCAAGCUGUAAGUGUGAUCUCCUUUGCCUUAGUUUGUCAUCAUAAUACAACAUUCAUAUAUGACUCAAUAAACACACCUACGUUGGACAGAUUCAACAGAGUCGUACAUAUAUCAUGUGCUAUAUCUGGAUUUGUUUGUUGUCUGAUGGGCGUAUGUGGAUUUCUAAAUUUUGGUAAUAAAACUAAAGGAAAUAUCUUAAACAAUUUCCCAAGUGACGAUUUGUUGGUGAAUGUUGCAAGAUUGUGCUUUGGUAUGAAUAUGAUAACAACUUUACCAUUGGAGGUUUAUGUUUUAAGAGAGGUUAUUAAGGACCUAUAUAUAAUUUAUAAAGCCAAUUUGAAUCCAAGCUACAAAUUUCAAGGUUUCUCUAAAUUGCAACAUUUGGCAACCACAGCAAUCCUAAUUUUAAUUCCUUUAAUAAUUGCUCUCAACACGUGUAACUUGGGCGCUGUGUUAGAGAUAGUAGGUGCUACAUCUGGUUCAUUGAUAGCUUAUAUUUUGCCACCACUCUGUUACAACAAACUAACUAAGAGAAACCAUACUCUGAAGCAGCAAAUUCCAUAUUACGCUUGUGCAACAUUUGGGUUUCUGGUGAUGGUUUUAUCAACUGCACAGACAAUACAUGCUACUUUUAGCUCACCUAGUAAUAGCCAUUGUAUUUGA